AUCCAAGUCUUUAAAAAUCGAAACUUUAAUAGUGACUUAUAAUCAUGAGUAGGAAAGAAAUAUCGCUGGUAAAAAUACUUCGAAACUAGGCUGGUAGCUAAGUUGGAAAAUAUGUAGUCUGUCGCAACGCUUUAGCGCGCAUCUUUGUCACCUAUGAGUUAAGAAAAGUGGACAUUUAUAGCAUUUAAGGGGACAUUAAUGUGAAAUGCAAGGCUCUGCCGAAGUUCCGCAGUCUUUUUUGGCCUAUUCAAAAGUGACGAUAGCAUAAGUAUUUAUGAUCCAAAAAUUACAAGUACAGUAUUACUAGAGCUUUGAAAAAAUGUGAUUCAUUAUUUGAUAUGACAGAACAAAGAGCUCGCGCAUGUCAAUCAGAAAGUUUGCGUAAAAUAUCAAUACUUUUUCUAUGCGGAAAAUGACUAUUUAAAUUUUCCUCGACCAAUAAUUUUUGCACAAAUUGAAAUAAAAUUUUUGGAGUAAUUAAAAAUCGCGCAGUGCAAUGUUAAAGCGCUCAACACAACCAUUCUCUUCUGGAUAGUGCGUGAGAUAUCCUAAACACGGAAUUUAUGUUAUUUAAAUGGAAGUAUUCACAUUCUAUGAAAAUUAUUGCCGACUGGUUUUAACAUGAUUUGGUUGAAUAGGGGACCCUUUCAUCAUAGCUGUCGGUAGCCUGUAUUAUAAUGGACCUUACGAUAGUACUUUUCACGUUUGCAGGUUUUCUCCAGUUAACACUCUGCCGCCUAGAAAAUAAUCUGGUCCAAAUUGACCUUCAGAGGUCACGGGUUCGUGGGUACAGCAAAUAUGUUGAUUUCAUUCAAAAGCCCACAUGGACUAACACAGGGGCUUGUGACAGUCAAGCAGUGGUAAAAAUAGAUUUCUCCGGACCGUUCAAGGGGGCAGAACUCUCACUACACUAUGGAAAAUCACCGCGAGCUUGGACGCUAGAUAUUUCAGAUUCGGCAACUGGAGAUGGUUACGGUGGCGACGAUGGGUCGACCAGCAACAUGGCAGAGGUUCAGAUUCUAAACCGGCAAAUGCGCAUAUAUGGGAAUACACUGCCCGGUUACAUGGACGCGAGCAGUGAUGGAGGGCUACUCAUAAAAACCAUCGACGGAUUUGCGACAAAGGGGUCAAAAGCAAUAUUAAGUGUUAGUGACGAAAGAGUUGAGUGGAAUAGGGGCAAAAUAAAAGAUAAAUUAGAGUCCAAAUUUUUGUUCACAUUGAAUGGACAAGAGACACUUUAUGGUGCAAUCGAUUACGAUGUAUUCUUUGGAUUUAACCGUGUAGUUGCUGGGAAUUUUCGAAAUGGAUCUGGACUAUGCUCCGUCGCUAUUAAAUUGAUCACAUUUCCAGGGAACGAAUGUGCAAAAGGAACAUUACAGUGCCAUCACGACGCAGAUUGUAUAGACUCAGUGCGAGCGUCUCGGUGUAAAUGUAAAAAGGGGUUCUAUGGGGAUGGACAUAAAUGUGUAGAUAAGAAUGAAUGUCAGUAUAAAAACGGUGGCUGUGUACAUUUUUGCCAUAAUCUUAAGGGUAAUUAUACGUGCGCGUGCAAAAAUGGUUUCCGGUUAGAUGUGGAUCAAAAAGAUUGUAUAGAUAAUAAUGAAUGUUUUAAAGAUAAAGGUGGGUGCCAACACCAGUGUGUAAAUACAGUGGGUGGGUAUGAAUGCCGGUGCAAUCAAGGUUAUUCCCUGGAAGAGGACGGUACAAAAUGUAAAUUGGGAGAUAGCUGGUGCCAAAAGCGCCAAGGUUGUGAACAUUCCUGUCGGACAACACAGCAAAACACAAUAGUGUGUACAUGUAGAGAUGGGUAUAAACUACAUUCCAAUGGCAAAAAUUGUUUGCGAACGUGUAGGGCUGGAAAUGGGGGAUGUCAACAUAAUUGUACGGACACACCUAAUGGGGUCCAGUGUGGCUGUGCCGUCGACUACCUUCUAGCAGCGGACAAAUCUUCGUGCAUAGCAACGUGUAUGGUAAAUAAUGGUGGAUGUGCAAAAAAGUGCAAAGACGAGAGUAGCGGUCCCGUAUGUUCCUGUCCAGAAGGAUUUGAAUUACAUCAAGAUCAGAAAAGUUGCUUAGAUAUAGAUGAGUGUGCAGUAAAUAAUGGUGGAUGUAGUAAUGAAUGUGUUAACUUUGACGGCGGCUAUGAAUGUCUUUGCCCACUUGGUUACAAAGUACAGAAAGAUCAGAAAACAUGCCAAGAUGUUGACGAAUGUGACGUGAAGACAACAUGUGAUCACAUCUGUAUAAAUACUCCCGGAAGUUACCUCUGCACGUGCAUGCCAGGAUAUGACAGAUACGGGAUAUCUCAUUGUGCUGAUAGGGACGAAUGUUCUGACAAUAACGGAGGUUGCCAGCAAGACUGUAGUAAUACUGUUGGUGGAUUCCAAUGUUUAUGUAACUCUGGCUUCAAAUUACAUAAAAAUGGAAAAGAUUGCAUAGCGGAAAAGACCUGCAAUGAAUUGAGUGCUCCUCCUGCUAGCAACUUCUCAUGUAAAGUACAAAGGGAAGAUACUCUUUGUAUACACAAGUGCAGCGAAGGCGAACGAUUUUUAUCCGAAUCUGAUCUAUCCGAAAUGAGAACACAUUGUGGACCGGGCACGCAGUACAGAUGGGAUCACGAUAUUAAGAAAGUUGAGCUGCCAUCUUGUUCCUCACACAUAGCAGCUCCUAACUUGUCUAAAAAAGUGAAAUUUAGCUUUUCUGAGAAAAUUUGCAAGAAAAAGAAAUCCAUACGUACACAGAUGGCACAGAAUAUAACCGGAAUAUUAAAUGGUCAAAAGAGGUUCAAAUGUCAAGAUAACUGUGUGGUGGACGACCUGACACUCGACUGUAAAAGGCUUCGAACCCGGCGUGGUCGGAUGCCACUUAUAAGCUUCAUAAUUACUGUAGAUUUUGAGCUUACCUACAAAGCGAAGGACCAGCUUAGGAGUAAGUACAAUAGAUUCAGUGAAACCUUAAACUUUUUAGGAAACAGAAAAUGCGACGUGCGUUGUGAAAUGAGUAAAAUAGAGAAAAGACUGAAGAAAAUAGUGAAGAAGCUUGGCAAGACGAUUAAGAAAAACGAUUUUGUGUUCGGCUAUGCUGAACGCACGUGCAGGGCUGACAAGACAAAAUUCAAGUCUCCGAGAGGCUACGAUAAAUCAUGUAAUAAAAACUGGAUGCUACUGAAAGAUACAUGUGUCGGUUGUUCCAAAGGCACGUAUUAUGACAAGAAAGCGAAAGUAUGCAGUUUAUGUCUGCCAGGCUACUAUCAAGAUGAAGAGGCACAAAACACGUGCAAAAAAUGCCCGAAGAACCCUCCAGAUGUCGGUAUACACGGGGCGAUUAGUGAAGCUGACUGCAUGGUACUUUGCGACCCUGGUUAUUAUUCACAAAAUGGUUUGAAGCCCUGUAAGCCGUGCCCUAAAGGUUCGUAUCAACCCGAGUACGGACGCCUGUCUUGCCAAAAAUGCGCCGGAGGUUUGGAUACUAAAUCAACCGCCUCCACAAGUUUUAAGCAGUGCGAAGCAAGAGAAACAUGUGACGCUGGUUACUUUUAUGACGUCACUAAAUCUAAAUGUGAAGCAUGCGCAAGAGGAUUCUACCAAGCCAAAUCGGGACAAGAUUUCUGCCUUAAAUGUCCAAAAGAUACAACAACGGAUACUGUGGCAUCUACGGAUCUUUCUAUGUGCAAAAGCCAUGUUUGUGGUGAAAAAUUUAGUAAAAAGGCCGUAAAGGGGAUAAUUCAAUCCCCCAACUACCCGGGGGAUUAUCCUGUCAAUGUCACGUGUGUAUGGAAGAUACGACCAGCAAAUGGACGCCGUAUUCUCGUUAUCAUACCGGAAGUCAAUUUACAGAAAUCGGACAAAUGUGGAGAUAAGCUUGUGAUGCGCAAAUCAAAAAAUGAAUUUUCUACUGUUACAUAUGAAACGUGCGAACAGGAAAACAGACCUAUUGCUUUUACGGCAAGAUCUAAAAAGAUGUGGAUUCAAUUCCAGUCUGAUGGACUGAACACAGGAAAAGGCUUUUCUAUACCCUUUGUAACAUAUACCGACUAUGAGAGAUUAAUAGAGAGCAUUGUAGAAGAUGGCAGAUUGUAUGAUAGACAUCAAUCAGUUCUAAAGGACCGGAAGUUGCUUUUGGCCUUGAUGGAAGUAAUUGCAAAGCCUCAGAUUUACUUUCAAUAUGCCAAUGUUACAGACACUAUAAUGCCGCCGGCUUUUAUUAAAUUUCUUACCAAAAAAGUAAUGAGAUUCUUUAGCACUUAACAUUCAGUGAUCAAUUUUUGUCCGAUUGCUUUUAAAAUCAAUUUUAAAAUGUUUCCAAUUUUUAAAGACCAAAAACUAAAGCACUGCUUUCUAAAAGCUUUGUGAUUGCGUAAUUUCUUUUUUUCACGAAUACCCUUAUUUUGUAAUGGGUUAUGAUCACAUUUCUGAAUCAGUAUAAGAACGAUUCUGACCUUGACAUUGAUUUCCGGAAAGCAGUUGCAAAUGAAAACGAGGCGAUGUUUGAAAGUGAGACUGUGAUUCUAUUUAUAAAACGUGUUGUGAUUUCACGGUAAUGUGUAAAUAGGGUGUGUAAAGUGAUUCUCGUUCCGAGAAUGGCAUAAGGGGAGUUUAUUUUUAUUUUACUGUAGACACUUUAUUAAAAGCAUUGUUUUAAAAACAUGUGCAUAUAAAUUGUUUGACGAUAGAAAUUACUUUAAGAAAAGUACGAUGGAAUUGAUAAUGUAUUGUGUGAAAGUAAAAUUUUGGUGGGAUGUACUUUUAAUACUUAUGUUCACAAGAAUGGCUAUUAAUUUGAUAAAUAAUCUUCAACUAUAGACAUAUGAAUGUCAUUUACAGAACGUUUGUCAAACUUCUAUGUUAAUUAUAGAAUUUUAAAGACAAUUAUUUUGAUUUAUUUUCCAAUGUUUAGUAAUAAAUGACAACAUUUUUAUGAUCUAUUACUAAUAUAAAUGUAUAUUACACGUGAAUAAACCUUUUCUCAUUUAA